CCCCUGGCCGCGCCGUGCCAGCACUGUGAGCUUGGGUGGGUGGUGGGUCUUUGACGCUUGUCUUCUUGGCGGCCAAGGGAAGGGCUUUUGACCCCUGUCAGCCAAACCUUCUCUUAAGCAACCUCCGCCCGAUUCCCAUAUCCAGCCGCCGAGACUCGACCCUCCCAUCACUUGCUGGACGGCAGUCGAUAUCGGAUAUCAGUCAGAUCAUCGACGCCUCUGGCUCACUCCUAUUCCCCCAUAUAAUAACAACAGCAAAGAACAAGAGCAACCAAGACACACACACAACACACCGGAGCCCACACAAAAAGACCCCUGUCCGCAGCCGAAGCGCAACAAGCCGCCCGUGCAAACACGACACCCCAGAGGCGCACCACCAGAUACACAUCCGUCAAGAUGAUGGAAACAUACCACGGCUUCGUCCGGACGCCGGCCGACGCCAUCAAGCUGUUCGAGGCCUGUCGCAUAGGCCUUCUCCCCAGGGUACAAAGAAGACUAUCGGAGAAGGAGCGCCAGUCCAUCAGAUCCGGCUCGGUUUUCGUUUGGGACGAGAGGGAGGCGGGCAUGAGGAGGUGGACAGACGGAAAGUCGUGGAGCGCCAGCAGGGUAUCCGGUAGCUUUCUCACAUACCGCGAGAUGGAGGGCAAGAGGGGAGGAGGCUUCGGCAACGCCAGGAGAGGCGCCGGCAAGACGCCCGACUCGUCCGGGCGGGGCAGCGACGGGUCGCAGGACGAGGGCGAGCCGGACGGGUACAGAUACAAGGCCGACGGGCUUAUGAAGCAGUCGUUCAGCAUCACCACCUCCACCGGCCAGCACCUACACCUCAUCUCCUACUACGCGAGGCCGCAGCCCGGCCACCCGGAGCUGCCAAACCCGAGCACCGACCCCAGCCUGCGCCAUAUCAUGCCCGUCAAGGGCAUGUACCCAGAGUCGAGCAUGACCGACGCCCAGGUGCCGCCCAUGACGAGGACGCCCAUGCAGCCGUCGCCCUACAUGCACGGCCAGCCGCCUCCGCCGCACCCGGGAGCCCAUCCGUAUCCCCAUUACGUCCAGCACGGCUACCCCAACUGGCCCAUGUCGCCCGCGACGCCGCCAUAUAGCCACCACUACACAGUAGCUGCCCACCCAGGCUACCCACCACCCGGCCAGCUGCACCCGCCGCCGCCGCACCACCACUACGCACCUUAUUCGCCUCCACACCCGCCGCCGGGUCACUACGAGCAGCAGCAGCAGCAGCACCACCAACAGCACCAACAGCAGCAGCAUCAACAGCAACAUCAACAUCAACAGCAGCACCAACAGCAACAACAGCGCGCGCCACUCCCACCACCAGUAACAUCGGCCGCGCAAUCAAGAACUCCGCCGAUGACCACCCUGCCUCCCUACCCAGGACAGCAGCACGCGCCACCUCCAAAUCACCACUCCCCGCACAUGUCGCAGCCGCGCGCGAUCCCCGACAGCCAGCACUCGCAAGCGUCGCCCCAGCCGUAUCCACAGACCCUGCCCCACCCCACCCAGUCGCCCAGGCAGGCCUACGAGGCGAGGCUGGCGCCCGUCAACCCGAGGAGCGCCGCCCAGGGCCCGCUGCCGCCGCCGACGAGCACCCCUCCCCCGCGGACGGCGUCGGCGUCGCCCCCGAGGCUCGUCAAGGCCGAGAACGGCCCCGGCAACAACAACAAGUCCAGCAGCCUCCUGGCGCUCCUGCACCCGAGCUCCCCCACCACAAACGGCUCCCCGACCGGCGGGGUCGUCAGCCUCAACGGGGCCGCCGCCAUGGCGGCAGCGGCCGCUGCGGCCGUCGCGAACGGCCAGCAGAAGCAGACGCUGCCGUCGAUCCAGCAGUUCAAGGAGGACGUGCGAGCAUUGGGCGCUCUCGACAAGAAGUUUCUACAGACGUAAUCGAGAACAAAAAAAAAAAAACCUUCUUCUUACUUCUUUGAUGAGCAACAUUAAAAGAUACCCCAGAAACCCAAGGGGGAGGCGGAUUUUAACCGGAAGCAUGAGCAUUAGCAGCGUGGCUAUAGCAUGGUAUAUGAAGCGUAGAGUGGCUUUGUUUUUCUCUUUCUUUAUUCUAACCUUUUUUUUUUCUUCUUUCUUUUUUUAAGCUUCUUCAUGAACUCUCCAUCAUCAUUGCAUUCUUCUCUUGCUGGUCGGAGACAUUGCUUUGGGGCUUGGUGUUUACGACAUACGGGGGGAAAGGGGGACGGGCACGGCGCGUGGCGUUCGACUUUUUGGGGGUGAUUGCCUUGUUGGUUCUCACUGUCUCUUUCACGGCGAGGGGUUAUGGGUGCCACAUAGUCGGGGCUCGCUCUCACACACGCACAAUACACUUCGGGGCCUUGGCUCUGCCAUUCUAUUAUUUACAACUUUCACUCACGGUAUUCGGCGGCGUUUGUUGACUACCAUCCUUGCAUCUUGGGAACCAAAAGUUAGCACCCUGCCCGUAUAUGCCGUCACCGUCUGAAUCGAAUCUCGGGGCAAGCCAUGUACUUUUUUUCCCCCCUUCUGCGCUCGUCAUGACUGUGAUGCUUCGUCCCCGCUCAUCCUGCCAUCUGGACUAAUC